ACAUUUUGUCCAAAAAGAAGAGAUUCAAAGUUUCUUCAGUAAGAGAAAAGAAAAGAAACACAAAGGGCUAUAAUAUGGCCUAUUCAACUAAACUUUGUCUUCCUCUUAGAACACCAUGUUUAGCUCCAAAAACAGUGAGAUCAAAGACUGUGAUGAUUCUUCAACAGAGUCAAGUUCAAGUUCAAGUCAAACAUGUCACAGUUUCGCAGCCUCAGCCGAUCAGAUACUCCACCAAGAACACUGUCUUUGAAGAUCCGACGCAAGGGAUCAUAUGUUACACAGAUGAUAAUGGAGAGGUUAUAUGUGAAGGAUACGAUGAAGGUCCUCGUUGUCCCACACAGAGUCCAAUGGUAGCUUCUUACUCAAGAGAGGUAGAGAUUCUUGAUCUCCUGCAAAGAAGUUAUCAAGAACUGAGGGGUGCUGAGAAAGAUGGUCAAACACAGAUGAUUGCUUCACAACCAGAGUUAAAGAUGAUCGAAUGGAGCAGCUUUGACUUUCUCUAAAUCUCUUUUCUUUUUUUUCCUUCUAAAAUCAAAAUCUGUUCUCUCUUCAGAAAUAGCCUCUUGAAUAAGAAUGUACAUACAUGAAAAAAAAGGCUGUGAAAGAAGCAGCCAUUUGCUUCUUUCUUGUUUCGAUAUUUUGUAAGAACACAAGCAUGGAUAUAUAUAUAUGUGUCAGGAUUCUGAUUUCAA